AUGUCUUCUACAACUGCAACUCCAAGAAAAAGAAAGUUGAGUAUAGGUGCUGAGACACCUAGAACGUCAAAAGCAAAAGGAAGAUCUGGUAUACCUACACCUAAUCCUCCAUUGGUACCAUUCCCUACACCACCUCAUACUCGAACGAGAAAGACUGUCAAGUAUGCUGAACCUGUUGUUGAACAACCUAUCGCUUUAUCAUCCUCAUCUAAACCAUCCAUAUCUUCCUCUUCGAUAGGAGACAAUCUUCCACCUCAUUUACAAACGUUACUGAACUUACAUCGGUCAUUCAACCUUGCACUUUCAUUAUACAUCGCCACUCAUCCUCCUGUCUUACCACCUCAUCCUCCAUCAGCAACCAGUGUUCCUUUACCCAACUUGACCAACUUCUUAGCACUGAAAGAGACGGUAGAAAGGACCUCGGGUAGACGAUUCGGUUUGCAAGAAUUAGGUAGAUUAGCUUGGGUUUGGUCAUGGGAUGGAAAAUCUCUACCUGAUGAGAAAGCUAUAAGUGAAAGAAACAAAAAAGCAAUGAUAGAUGAAGAUAAUCCUUUCCUCGUAUCAUCCACCUCUUCUCCUUCUUCCUCUUCCGUCAACCCUAUGUCGUCAACCUCUACUACGGUACACGAUAUUGGAUCUGGACAAAUACAAGGAUUGAGUUAUCUGAUUACUCCAACAAGAACACUUGAUCCGAAUACAGGAAGAAGAGUUUAUACUCAUGGUUUGGGUAUCGAAUUGGAACUGAGAAAGGGAGAAACGAGACAGGUACUAUUGGGAGGUGCGGAAGGUGGAAUCGGUAAUAAAGGUCAAGGUGGUGGUGUAGGUGCUAUAGGAAGAUGGAAUACCAAUGGUGAUAUGAGGGAGGAAAUUUUCAAAGAAAGAUUAGAGAAAUGGGUUACACUGAAUGGGGGAUAUGAGCCACCACCCAAAUCCAUUUUACCUACUCCGACAACAUCAGAAACCUCCACUCGAUCUUCAAUACCGCCAAUUCCCCUAUUACCUUUACCUCAUCUCCCUUCAUCGACCCUCCUACCCUCCGCAAACUUGUUUUCAAACUUCUCUUCUCCCUCUUCUUCCUCGGUCACAUCAACACCCAAAAAGACUCAUUCGACUCCAUCGACCGAUUCCCCCAAGACAGCAGGACUGUCUGAUCCGUUCGAACUGAGUGAUGACAAAGAUGAGAAGAAAGGGAAAGUGAUCAGGCCUGGUUCAGUAGAGGAUAGGAGGCAGGCGAUGAUGGACAGGAUAAAAGCUCGUUCUGGAAAUGGUAAAAAUCCCAUGUCGACUUUAGGCUCAUCAGCAGGUGUCUUCGGUAGAGGCAAUUCUUUGUCUGCUGCAGGGCAGCACGAAGAGCUCAAACGAAGAUCGACGUUAAGUAGACUAGAAAGUAUAGCAGAGGGAGUAUGGAUGAUGUUCUCUGCUCCUUCACCUGGACCCAACACACUACCUAGUGCACCUAGAGGAAGACGGAAGGCUAUACCAAUGAUGGAAGUUGCGGAAGUGAUAGUCAAGAGCUCCAAAACUCCCAUUUCGAGUGCGGAAGCUCAAGCAUCUCUUCAACUACUCACGGAGCUAUGUCCCUUCUUUUUGACAGUCAAGAUAAUAGGUAAACAAGAAUGGUUAGAAAUGCCUUCAUCAGUGGCCGCACCACCAUCACCCGGAUCAAGCGUAACGACAGCUCAACCUCCUUUCACCAAUCAAGUUGCAAGUAGUGGUAGAUUAGCUCCUCCUUCACCUUCUACCCCAUCGCGCGCCGCAGGGUUGGAAUUGGCUGGACCUGCUAGUCCUGGCAGAGUGAGACGAGUUGGCGGUCUAAGGGAAGUGAGAGAGAGGAUAAGAAGAGAAUUGGGGGAAUAG